CUUAGAUGCUUUUUUAAAGUUGUUUUGCAACAUUAAUCUGUUUCUGAUGGUUGAUAUGAGUGCCUUCUGCAUCAGGCUAUGUCAAGAAUGCCAAACUUUGAUUGAAAACCAUGAUAACAUAAAGCUUCUCAGCAAUGCGAGGAAUAACUUGAAUACAACCUUAAAGGAUGAAGUCCCAACCAAGCCAAGAUUGCCAUCAAGUCCAUACCAAAAGCCUCUGAAAUCAGUCGUGCCACCACUGAUUCCAACUGAAGAUGAGCAGGAGAAGCAAGAAGAAGUCUUCAUGGGAACUCUUGUAAAGCUUUUAGUCGACGCCUGUGCAUCUGUUUUGAAAUUCUUGGGGAAAAGCAUUCAAACUAUCAAGAACAAAGCCAGCAGAAAUAGCAGCAUAAGAAUUCAAUUGGGUUCAUGUUUAAACCCUUAGAACAAUAGAAUACAUGUUUCAGUGUAUAAUGUACAGCUAUGCUUUAUGUUUUAAUAAAACAAGCCUAGUUUUGAUGCA